GAUCGGCUCAUGCUCCCAAUCCUGUCGAACGGCGGGAGGAUGCGGUGAUUUUUCCCAGCGGUGAAUUUGACUAGAGGAAGCGGACGAAUGGCGGGCUGUAGUCAGGGAGAUCGGAGCUCUGAGAGCUCCCUGAAUUUAGAGUCUCAGGGAGAACUGAAUACGAAGGAAAUCGCGAGGGAACUCUUCGUUGCGAUUAAGGAAAAUCAAUCGAGGAACCUCGCAGACAAUCAGGUGUUCCUUACAGAGCUGUAUUCCUGUAUCGAUAGCGACGUCAAACCGGAGGAGGUCCAGUGGAAACCAGCGGCUCCGAAGAGUGAAUACGAUCAACUCCGCCUCAUCCAUGCGUCGCUAUGCCUGCAAGAGUUCAAACGAGCCGAGUUCUUGUCGCGGAGCUGCGAAUCGAAACUCAUGACUUUCUUGCAUUUCUGGGCCAGACUCCGGAAGGCCGAACUGGAUGCCAAAGGAAUCCUUAGCGCGAACAAUAUGCCGUUUUCGGCAACUUUCGACAAGCGUCAGACGUAUCUAAAGAUACUGAAAGACCUAGAGGACACCGCGAAGGUGGACGACGACGGGUACCUGAAUUUUGUCAAAGCCAAAGUACUCCUCCUACUUCGGAGACAAACAGACGCGAGGGAUUGUCUUCUCUCGGGACUGAAUAGGGAGCCGUGCAAUUGGAUGGGCUGGUCGUUGCUGCACAAGUUCGUCACAUGCAAGGAACAUCUGAGCUACGUUUCAGACUAUCUGCAUGAUCAUUGGAUGAAGAGAUUAUUUCUCGCCGACAUCAGAUGUUCCGUGGUUCCGCUAGCCCAAGAGGAUGACAUAACAGCCGUGUACCAAGAGUUCCUCGAAGUAUUCGUCGACUCAUCGUAUAUUCUGACGCAAAUGGUGAUAGCCCAACAGAACCAGCGUCAGGUUUACGCGGCGCUACAACUAUUUAACAAGGUUCGAACCCUUGACCCCUAUCGUCUGGAUCAGCUGGACGUAUACUCCAACCUCCUCUAUGUGAGAGGGUCGGAGGUCGAGUUGACUUAUCUGGCUCACUUCGCCAUGAGCGUUAAUAAGUAUUGCAAGGAAACCUGCGCGGUCGCGGCGAACUUCUUCGCCUUAAGGGGUCAGCACGAGAAGGCGGUUGAAUAUUAUCGGAGGGCUCUGAAAUUGGACCCGGAGUAUUCUCAGGGAUGGACGCUCCUCGGUCACGAAUGUGUUGAAGUCAAAGACACGACGUCCGCCAUCGAGGCAUAUCGUCAAGCGUGCCACAUUAACGAAAACGAUUAUUACGCAUGGUAUGGCUUGGGCCAGUUGUUUGAAGUACUGAAAAUGCCCUACUUCGCACUCCGGUAUCAUCAAAAAGCCCACUCACUUCGACCGACCGACUCCCGGAUUGUCGUCGCUAUGGGUGACUGUUAUCAGAAAAUCGGGAAGUUGGACGACGCAAAAAAGUGUUACUACAAAGCAUACCAGACCGGAGAUAUCGAAGGGAUGGUCUUGCACAAUCUCGCCAAGCUGCACGAGAAGCUCGAUGAGCACGAAAUAGCUCGGGAGUGCUAUCGAAAAUUUUUAGACGAAUGUGAGGAGCGUCGUAUGCUGGACGUUGAAGAGUUGGGCGAUGCCUUCCUCUACUUGGCGAGAGCGCACUUAAAAGAGAGGAAUUUGGACGAAGCUUUGAUUUUCGCUCAGAAGUGCUUCAUUUUUGGACCGAAGAGAGAGGAGAGUAAAAUGGUUAUCAAGGAGAUUGCGGCUGUCCGGGAGAAAGAGAAUGAGAUCUCUCGGAGUCUGGUCAAGACGCACUCAACAAAUAGGCAGUCCCUGAAGUUCACGUGACGGAUAGCCGAUUGUUCUGGAAGUUAAUUUCAUUUAAUAAAUUUUUCGAGAGUCGU